UCAAGGCGGACGGCUCCUCCUCUCCGCAGGGCGGAGGAUCCGGACGCCGCCCACCUCCUCCUCCUCCUCCUCUUCCUCCGGCGGCUGCGGCGCGGGCGGCAGCGGCUGCGGGAGCUCCGGUGAGCGCGAUGGCGGCCAAUUGCGAGCGCACCUUCAUCGCCAUCAAGCCCGAUGGGGUCCAGCGGGGGCUGGUGGGAGAGAUCAUCAAGCGGUUCGAGCAGAAGGGCUUCCGGCUGGUGGGCAUGAAGUUCGUGCACGCCUCUGAAGACCUUCUCAAACAGCAUUACAUUGACCUGAAAGACCGACCAUUCUACCCUGGUUUGGUGAAAUACAUGAACUCUGGACCCGUUGUGGCCAUGGUAUGGGAAGGACUCAAUGUGGUUAAAACUGGGAGAGUAAUGCUAGGGGAGACAAACCCUGCAGACUCUAAGCCUGGUACCAUCCGUGGUGACUUCUGCAUUCAAGUAGGAAGAAACAUCAUUCACGGCAGUGACUCUGUGGAAAGUGCCCAGAAGGAGAUCAACCUGUGGUUCAAACCCGCAGAGCUCAUUGACUACAAGUCUUGUGCACACGACUGGAUCUAUGAGUGAAAUGAGUUUCCAGAAUGAAUUGUGCCUUGGUAACACAUCAUCUCAUUCCAGCUAGUGACCUGGGAGCAAUUAUCACCACGGUUAUUUUAGUCAUUUUUCAGCACUGUCGAAUAAAUGGAUGAUAUGAACAAA